AUUAACGUCUGCUUUUGUCACCCCAAGCCCGCUUGCAUUGUCAUUUUCUUAACAACGCCUGAGGCCAACAAACAUGUCAGGGGCGCCGGCUGAGACCGUUGACCCUGAAUGGGUCGCUUUCUUCAUAGACGGCGCUCGCUAUGGCGAUAUGGAGGACAUAGAGGCUGGGCUAGCGCAGAAGGUACCGGUGGAUAGCAAGGAUGGAUCUGGGAGAACAGCACUGCACAUGGCGUGUGCAAAUGGCCACACGGAGGUCAUUGCGCGGCUAUUGGAGGCAGGGGCGAGCCCGGACGCCCCCAACGACCAGGGUAACACACCGCUGCACUGGGCGUGUCUCAACGGACACAAGGAGGCAGUGAAGCUGCUGAUGGACAAGGGCGCCAGCGCGGCAGUGCUCAACGCGGUGGGGCGGACGCCUGUGGAUGAGGCGCUGGGCCGCGAGAACCAGGACAUCUUCGAGCUCAUCAACUCGUACAACACGGCGGGCUCUGUGGCGGUGGAGGUGGUGGAGGAGGGCGCGGAGGGCGAGGGCGGUGAGGAGGGCGCCGAGGAGGAGGGUGGUGAGGAGGAGGGUGGCGAGGAGGAGGGCGGCGCGGCCGCGGGCGGCGAUGCCAUGGAGACCUGAGGGGCCCCUGCGGUGGUAGUGGCGCACAGCGCUGCUGCAGCGGUGUCAUGAGGUGGGAUCAGGAGCUGGAGGUGGAGGGGCAGGAGUGUGUGAUAGAGGAUGUGGCGUGCUUUUGACUGCACAGCUGCUGCUUCCAGCGACGUGCGGGGCGUGAGGGUCGUAUGAACGCGCGGACAGAGUAGGUGGAACGUAGGUGCGGAGGUGGGAGGGGGGGGGUCAGGAAGGUCGGAGUCAAGGGGUAAGCGAUGCACGGCAGAGUAGCCAGCAUGUGCGGGACUAACGGUUUGGCAAGACGAGGGCGAUGCAGGGUUGGCAGGAUGCGGAGCAAGCAGUGAUCUAGUGGACGCAAUGUGAUCUUGAAGAGCUGGCAGCAAAGAAAGGGAAGGCGCAGGCCAGAGCUCGCUGGCAGGGACCUGGUGACGCAUCGGCCCGGUGACGCCGCGGAGCUGGCGGUCCCUUUUAACGGCAUCCU